GGGAGGCUCGGCAGGAGGGGGGAGCCGAGCCCCCCGCGCCUCGCUGCCCGCGCCGGCUCCCUCCCUCCCUCCUCCUCCAUCCUCCUCCUCUAUCCUCCUCCUCCUCCUCCUCCUCCUCCUGCUCCUGCUCCUCCCGCCCCGGUGCGAAGGGCUCUCGCUGCUUUCCCCUUCUCUCUCUCCGGUGCCGGGGGGCGCGGGGAUGGGGCGCCCGCCGCGUGCCCUCCGCUCCCGGCGGGAGGCGCGGGUUCUGCCCCGCCGCCCUCCUCCCCUCCUGCGCUGAACCCCUGCCCUGCCCGAGCUGGGGAGAGCCGGGGAGGGGGGACGCCCCCUCGUACUUUUUCCCCCCCCUACUUCUUUUUUUUCCCCCCUUCCUUUUUUUGCCUUCCCCAUCAUCCCCCCCACAUCCCCCCUUCCCCGGGGGGGGCUUUCGGCGACCAUGCACGCGGUCCUGGGCGAGCGCUUCUAAGUCGCCCCGAUGGCCCCUCGGAUGGAGCCGAGCUACGUCGUGGGUCUGUGGUGCCUGGUGCUGCUGGAGCCGGGCAGGGUGUGGAGCGGCGAGGGCAGCCCCGGGGAAGGCGUGAACGGCAGCCUGGCACCGGCGGAGGCCACGGUCCCCGCGCCCACCGGGGCCACCCCGGGAGGGGACCGGUGCCGGGGGUACUACGACGUGAUGGGGCAGUGGGACCCGCCGUUCAACUGCAACGCCGGCAUCUACCAGUACUGCUGCGGGACCUGCGGGUACCGCUUCUGCUGCCAGUUCAAGCCCGGGCGGCUGGAUCAGAGCGGAUGCUCCAACUACGAUACCCCAAACUGGGUGAACACGGGACAGCCGCCCACCCGGGUGGACGAGACCACCGAGGAUCCCGCUCGCGACAAGACCAACAUGAUCGUCUACAUCAUCUGCGGUGUGGUGGCCAUCAUGGUGCUGGUGGGCAUCUUCACCAAGCUGGGCCUGGAGAAGGCGCAAGGACCCCAGACGGAGAUGACCGUCUCCAGGACGCUGACAGACUUGCUGAAGCAGCCGGGCCACAGCCCCUCCGAUCACACGGAUGGCCUCAUGGGGGGUGUGCAGGUCCCGCUGGGUGAGGGGCUCACCCGGGGGCCCCCCAGGAACGGCACAGACAAGCCGCCCUUGAACAACGCUGUGGCCAUAACCCCCUCGCUGGGGCGGCCCCACGGCCAUGGCAAGCGCCUGCCACUGGCCAGUGGCCUGGACCUGCCAGCCCCUGCCUACACCACCUAUGCCACUCUCAAGGCUGGAGAAAGCGCCCCUGAGGACUUCUACAGACGGUUUGGGGGGCUCGAGGCACCCCCUGCCAGCACCCUGCCCUUCUCACCCGCCGAGGCCCCGAUGCUGCCCGAGGGCUGCUCCCUACCCAAAGCCAAAGGCGCCAAGCUGCCAGGGGGCCCAGCCUUCUCAGGGGGCUGGGAGGGGGGUCCCCCACAUGGCCCCCGACGGCCUGGUCUGGCUGCCCUGCGCCUUGAGGGGCUGCCCGACACCUUCAGCCCUGCCACCCCACUGUACGGCCAGCCCACCCGGCACCUCGCCACCAACAGCAAGACUGAGGUCACGGUCUGAUGGCUGGAACCACUGGGAGGAUUGUAGGUUCUACGCGGACACCGAGGGCUGGCCAUGGCGGAAGAUGCACUGUCCUUCCUCUUUCUGGAGAUGGUGCCUGCUGACCGCACUUCACCAUCAAGAAGGCCAGGCCACUCCUCUCAUCAGG